AUGGCGGCCAACCAAACCGGUUUGACAACCGGUUUGACCGGUUUCGUGCGUGUGCGCAUGCGCGUUCAGAUGUGUUACCGGUUAUGCUUGUUUAUGUGUGGAAACACCCCCUCUGGGCGGUAACGACUCCUCCUAGUGGGAUGGCCUAGGUUGUAUAGGUAUAAAAGUGAACCUUCCACAUACUUAGAGCAUCAACACCACCACCACCUAAGGAGCACCGACACAUCGCGCUAAGGAUCUCCGACGCAUCGACCUAAGGAGCUCAGGAUGACAUCGGCAUCAACCAUGACACCCAGCCAGGACAUCGCCCAUGCCACAGCCACUCUAGAGCAUGACAUGCAGUCGUGGGACCUGUCAGAGUCACCAUCAACAGCGCUGCUAAUCCAGACCCCCCUGACUCCACCACCCUCACCACAAUGCUCGCAGGAACCCCUCAUAGCAGACCUGUGGGAAGAAACUGUAAUCGACAUCAAACUCGCAACUCUCCAUCUGUUGAUGUUGGCGUUGAAUGAGUUUCUACAAGAGACAUGUUACGGAUGUCAAACAGGCCACCCCAGUCAGGUGCAACACAGCUGCUUGCAGGAAUUGUCUGAGUAUUUCUUUGACACCUACUAUGAUGAUGUGAUGAUAAGGCUCCAGACUGACCGAUUCAUCCCAGCCAUCCGGCUGUUUGUACGCUCAAACACCGUAGAUGGGACUGGAACGCAAAUCCGCAGAGUUGCAGAACACAUCAUGUGUGAAUUGAGAUCAGAGCGACAUAUAGUAUGUGCCAUUAAUGACAACAUUACGCACCUGCUAGAAGCAAGUAUUUGCGCCCGCCGUGUUAAACCAGCCAUGCUCCGCAUGACUGGAAACUACUGGGCUGGGAGACACCUGGUUUAAUGUGUGCUGUUCAAGUAUCCAUUGUCUGUGUCUGUGUGAAAAUUAAAUAAAAAGACGUGUUAACAACAACAUCUUAGUCAUUUGUGGUCUGUAAAUCAUGGAAAACACAUUGCAUAAAAUAUAUCAUGAUCCAGCCCAUCCUGCAGGGUUGGCCAGUUUAAAUAAGCUACGUAUAGCGGCAGGGGAGGCAUCAAGUGUAACACCUCCACUAUCUCAGGUCAAACAUUAUUUAGAAUGAGACGACACUUACACACUCCAUAAACCUGCGCGGAUCCACUUCCCCAGAAAUAGAGUAUUGGUGACAGGGGUCGACAAACAGUUUCAAGCCGAUCUGGUUGACAUGUGUGAAUAUGUGGCAGAUAAUGAUAAUGUGAGAUACCUGCUAACAUGUAUAGAUGUAUUCUCAAAAUACGCAUGGGUUAGAUGCCUCACAAACAAGACGGGGACUGCUGUAUCAGCUGCUUUUGAGGAUAUACUUAGUGAGGGAAGGAUCCCUGUGAA